UAUCAUAGCAACGCGUGUAAACACGAGUGCAAUGGAAAAGAUGGCGACGCAGAGAGAGCAGGACGCCGCUGAUUAUCUCAAGAAGCACAAAAUACCCGAGCUGUUGGAGAACCUGACCAGCAUGCUCUUCUUCUACAGACCCGAGAAGCCCAGAGAGUUUCUGGUGGAGCAGCUGGAGCUGCUGAAGAUAUCUCAGCAGAGCAACAUAAAUGGACCCAGUCUGUUCAACAAAGCCAACCUGGAUGCAGUCUUUGGGAUACUGGACCCCGCUAAUCAAAAACACAUCACUUUUGCCCAAUAUAAGCAGGCUCUGACCACACUGGGGAUCAAAGAUAUCAAUGAAUGUCCCGAAGGUGUAAAUGAAGACAGAAUAUCCCAUGAAACCUUCAAAACAGAAGCGAGUCGAGGUCUGCAGAGAUGCUCAGCAACAUAUGAAAAACUGUGAACUUCUGUCUGUUGUUCCAUUCGGCGGAUGUGUUAUUCAUUCAUAUGAAGUUAGAUGUUGCCAUCGGGGCUUUAUGUCUUGUUUUUUAAUAAACCGCUAAUGUGUUUUCA